CAAAUGACGAGGACAGCCUAUAAAAACAACUAAGCGCAAAGCUACCCGAUCCCAUCUCGCCCUGGAUGCGUGCGCUUUUUCAACUAACUUUGGGAAGUCGCAGAGGCCCAGCGGUGUGGCCCCACCACCUCGCCUCCACUUUGGUAUUUUGGGGGAGUACAGCCCUCAGCGUUACCGCUCCUUCUUCCGGACUAAGGAUGGAGGAGGAUUCCUUCAGCCCCUCGGCUCUGCCUCCCGCCUCCAACCUCUCCAUACCUAUUCUGCCGAGCUGGGGUCUCAACCUGACUUCGGGGCAGGGAGCCACUGUCCCGGGACCUCAGCCUCCGCCACGCGGGCCACCCAGCCACCGGAUCCACCUGGUCUUCAUAGGGAUCAUCCUGGUGGCCGCGGUGGCGGGCAACACCACGGUGCUGUGCCGCCUGUGUGGCGGCGGCAGCCGGCCCUGGCCGGGUCCCAAGCGUCGCCAGAUGGACUUCCUGCUGGUGCAGCUGGCGGCGGCCGACCUGUACGCGUGCGGGGGCACCGCGCUGUCGCAGCUGGCCUGGGAGCUGCUGGGCGACCGGCGCCCGGCGCUCGGCGACCUGGCCUGCCGCCUCUCGCAGCUGCUGCAGGCGUCGGGGCGGGGCGCCUCCGCCCACCUGGUGGCCCUCAUCGCCCUCGAGCGCCAGCUCGCGGUGCGCCGUCCGCAGGGCCCGCGGCUGUCGGCGCGCGCCCUGGCCGCCCUGGGCUGGCUGCUGGCGCUGCUGCUGGCGCUGCCGCCGGCCUUCGUGGUGCGCUGGGGCGCUCCUCCGUCUCCGGCUGCCAGCGCCUGGCUCGGGGAGCGUCGCUGCAUGGGCAUCUUCGCGCCCCUGCCGCGCUGGCACCUGCAGGUCUACGCGACCUACGAGGCUUUCGUGGGCUUCGCCGCGCCGGCCGCUAUCAUGGGCGUCUCUUGCGGCCACCUGCUGUGUGUCUGGUGGCAGCGCGGGUCUCAAGCUGCCGGGGCAAGGGCGCCCUGGCCGGCCAGCCCAGCCCGAGGCCCCUUGCCCAACGCGCUGCCCCACGCCAAGGUGCAGAGCCUCAAGAUGAGCCUGGCGCUGGUGCUUCUCUUCGUGGGCUGCGAGCUGCCCUACUUCGCCGCCCGCUUGGCGGCCGCCUGGUCGUCGGGACCCGCGGGUGACUGGGAGGGAGAGGGCCUGGUGGUGGCGAUGGGCGUCGUAGAGGUGGCCAACAGUGCCCUCAACCCUUACGUCUACCUCUUCUUCCAGGCAGGCGACUGCGGGCUCUGGCGGCGGCUGCGGAGGUGCCUGGGAGUUGUGUGCUGCCAGCGGGAGGGAGAAGGCGAGACCAGCGAUGGGGCUGGGGACCACCAGGCCCUCCACCGCUACCGCUGGCCCCACCCCCAUUAUCACCACGCCCGGAGGGAGGAGCGGGACCAGGGCUGCCUGCGCCCACCUCCGCCCCGUCCCAGACCUCCGCCCUGCUCCUGCGAAAGUGCCUUCUAGGAGCUGCUGCACAGACGGGUCAUUUGUCACUGUGGCAGUCUCCAGGCAAGGGGUCUGCCUAGAUUACAAAGAGUCGAUCUGUCUCCAGGACCACUGAGCCUGUCUGCUUCCUCCAUGUUGUCUGUCGUACGUCCUUUCAAUAAGAACAGGUCUUUCACAUCCAGUUUGUUCUCUUCCCUCCAGUUCCUCUCAUAUUGCCCAUUUGGAGGAGGCCAAACUCCUGGAAAGUUGUUAAAAACCAUGCAAGAUCCAGAGUUAUAAUUUUUGCAAUUCUCUUUUAUACUCCCAUUGUGUUCUAGAUAAGACCAGCUAUUUUAACUAACUUGGCAAAUUUUCCUUCGCUGCUGUGUUAUGAUUUGUGUUAAUUUUGAAUUGUGCUUAACUCAAGUGCAUCUUCGGCAAGCAGCAAAUUUGCUGUUCUUUCUGAGAGGAUAAUCCCCACAAGGCUCUUCCUGGGAGACUAGGAUUCCUCCUAGCGAUGCUGUAGAAAAGUGAUCAUUCUGACACUUCAGAGACACAGCAUUUGAGAAAUAAAAACA